AUGUUUUCAGAAACAAGUCUCUUCACUCGAUGGAAGCGUUUGUUUGGGUCUUCAGAGGCUGAAAUCCGACACGCCGCUCUUGGAUGUGGCUUCACCUGACUCAGGUAUCAGGGUUGGGCUCGUAAUAAAUAAACGCAGCUCGGAAAUGUGCACAGAAUUUUGGUGUUGGGAAGAAACUGCUCUCCUUUCUUCGUUGUCGAAUACAGUAAAGACACCAUGAGGUUUAACAUGCUCUUCAUCAUCGUCCUUCUGGGUCUCCUGCACCUCACAUUGGCACAAGGCUCAUAUGAGGACUGCUGUCUGAAGUACAUCAAGACAAUGAAACCACACAUGAAGCACAGAGUGACCAGCUACAGAAAACAACAGCUGGAUGGAGGAUGCAACAUUCCAGCUAUUAUCUUCACAAUGAAACACGGCCGCAUGUUGUGUGUCGAUCCCAGAGAAAAGUGGGUGCAUGACCUGAUGCAGAGAGUGGACAAAAUGUCUGCCGGCUCUGGUAUGAGGAAAAAGAAUUCAAGGGGCUAAACAAGCCAAAGAAACCCAAAAGAGGACCGAGGGACUCAGCCAAUCAUAUCGCUUUUUUGAGUGCCGCGGCUCUCUUCCUUGUCUUCAUAAAGCUUCGCGUGCUGUCACCUCGAGGACACUUUUUAGCAUGGACCGGCUCAGCACUUCCUGUUUGACUCUUGUUGCUUUAUUGACAGACAGCUGGUUAAAUGCUCACAAUGGGAAUCAGUGCCAUUAUUUUCCCUUUACACAUGCUGCUUUUGCCCUCAUUUAAAGGCUCAGUUCCUAACCCCAGUGACCUUGUUGUUUAUCUUCCAAGGCAGCAUCCUAACUAAAAAAAGGAAAUAAAUGAGUCAUUGACAUGACACACUAAACAGGUUGUUCACUAGGUUUUAGAAUAGAGCCUUCGUGUAUAGCAUCAUCGUGAGGUUUAUAUGAUUAAGCUAUUGUACCAUGAACUUUCACUUGACACACCUGAUUUACUGCCCUGCAGUAUCUAUGAUCAACAGUCAGUGUGAUAAAAUUGUUGGAGAAAUGUUGGUGGGAAGGUUUUGGAUUAACUGCCGAGGUACGUUCAGAAGUGAUUUUUUCAGUUUAUAUGCUGUAUACAUUAAGAUUUGUUAUUUAGCUUCAUGCAUUAAGCUCAAUGAGUGAUUAUUGUUUUGUUAUUGAUAAGAGAAAUAUGAUAUCCACAGAUCUAUAUUCAUGAAUCUCGAAUUCUUUAUUUUUAAAAAUAACUGGAAUUUAUAAUUAAGCUGUUGUUGCUGCUGUGCAUUUUUUCUGGACUUUUUUGUUCUGUUUAAUCUGGAAAAUGUAUCUGUAAUGUAAUUGUAUAGAGGAAGUGAUGAAAUAGUUUGAUUGCUUAAGGGUUCAAACCAAAUAAAGAGUUCUCUACAGUGCAAAGACUCACUCUGGAUUUAUGUA